AUUCAAUGAUCAAUGUUCUAAAGUAACUACUAUGUACCUAGGUACUAUGUACUGUGUGGCUUGAUCCCGGUUGAUUUGCCCGACCCUGCCCCUCGAAAAAUUUCAAAGUAAUAGAUUUCCAUCUCGUAACCCCACCUUGCCCGCCUUCGACACCUUCUUAUUUUCUUCACAAGCUAUCAUUUUUCUUCCAAAGAUACCCCUCCAGAUUUAUUCGUCAGAUCCAUCUUCUUCUUUCCUUAUUUUAAUUCCAUUCGAUUUCCAGUCAAUUUAAACCAAAUCAAAUCGACAAUAUGGGUUUCACCGAUCUUCUCAGUGAUGCCGGUCUGACCGUGCUCAACAGCUUCCUAACCACCCGAUCUUACAUCACUGGUUACUCUCCAUCCCAAGCCGACAUUGCUGUCUUCAAGGCCAUCACGUCCGCGCCAGCAGCCGACAAGUACCCCCACGCCGCAAGAUGGUACAAGCACAUUGCCUCUUUCGAGGAUGAGUUCCCGACCCUGCCAGGCGAUGCCUCCAAGCCUUACACCGUAUACGGCCCCGAAGAGGUUGCCGUUGCCCUGAACCCUGCCAAGGCCCCUGCCGCCGAGGAGGAGGAUGACGUCGACUUGUUCGCCAGCGACGAUGAGGAGGAAGAUGCCGAGGCUGCUCGCGUCCGUGAGGAGCGUCUAGCUGCUUACAAGGCUAAGAAGGAUGCCAAGCCCAAGACUACUGCCAAGUCUGUUGUUACAAUGGAGGUCAAGCCCUGGGAUGAUGAAACUGAUAUGGCAGCCCUUGAGGCGGCCGUACGUGGAAUUGAGAAGGACGGUCUAGUAUGGGGUGCUUCCAAAUUGGUAGCAGUUGGUUUCGGUAUCAAGAAGCUUCAGAUCAACUUGGUUGUUGAAGACGAGAAGAUCUCCAUCUCCGACCUACAGGAGGAGAUUGAAGGCUUUGAGGACUACGUCCAGUCUUCCGAUGUUGCUGCUAUGCAGAAAUUGUAAACUGCCUAUGUGGCAAAAACAAGCAACAAUACCACCAACGCUCAGAACGUCAAUACAUAGUGCAUGACAUGAGAGCCACGAAGCAUGGUUGAUGAUGUUAAUGAGGUUGGUUGGACGACAUGACGUUGGGAAAAAAACUCUCUUCAGAGGCAAAGUUCUAUAGAAGCCACAGGGUUAGAGUAACUACGCAAAAAUACUAAUGAGAGGAUUCCCCCGUAUUCCCACAUCCCUUGGGCAGGUACUUCUUCUUCGGCCCCUUUUACUAUACAUAAUAUGUAUAUACGUGCCGUGUUUAGUUACCUGGGGUUGGAUUCUACUGCUAUUGCUCGAGUAUUAGUGGGUUAUGUAUUCCAGUAUAGUCUGCUUUGCUAGGUAUACUUGGACUAGAGAAUAUCAUUGUCAUUCGUCAUCCGUCUUUU